CAGCAAAGAUGGCGGUGGGUCAGGGACUAUCAUCGGGCUAAACAGCGUUUCAGGAUGUUGAUGUGUCCUUAACAAGAUGCGCUGCCGCCCGGAACACGAAGUGUUAGGUGUUGUUGACUCCACUGUGGGGUGCCCAGCUGGGCGUCAGUCGGCCGUGUGCGGCGCUGAUAUUGGUUGUGAGAGUCGUUAGUGGCUAGCCGUUAGCUGUUAGCUAACAUGCAAGCUAGCAGCUAAAAUCAGCAAGUCAAGACUCUUAACACCAAAACAAGCCCAGAACCUCCCUGCUUGGAAAUCUUGGUGAACUUUGAGCUCCUAAUCCGCUUCUCGGCAAAACAAAAAGGAAGGUUUCAUUUCGCCUGAAGCUGAAGGGUCCGACAUGCAGUAAAGGUUUUUGGCUUGGUUGAUCGAUCGAUUGAUUGCGAGCUAAGAGUCCAGACCGGCUAUGGAGUGGUCUUGGAUUCAGACCGGAUGACAGGGUCUCCUCGAAGGACUUGUAGCACUUCGUGAACGACAACACUGACUGACAGCCACAACGAUAGCACCUCCCCACUUCUCAUCCACGUCAUCCUCUCUUUGAGCAACGCAGCUCCUCUUGUCGUUUGCUACAACCCUUAACCCGCCUCUGCCGCCGUGUGUGAUAUGAGCUGGCUGAGCAAGUUGAACACGCGGGCUCCUGGCAGUCGGCCGGGUUGGGGCGCCGCACCGUCGGCCCCCUGCACAGCCGACCCGGAGACAUGUCUGAUGGUGUUUGAGAACCACUGGAGACAGGUGUCACGUGUGCUGGAGCAGAGUGAGUCGUCAUCAUCCACUGAUGACUUGAUUGCAGUCAGGAACCACACGGACCAGAUGCUUUGUCUGCUGGCUGAGGAGCGGCCUGCCGAGGCGUCGGAGGGCGGCACAAACAAGCGAGUCGCAGGCCCCAUACUGAACUUGGUGGUCAGCCAGGACAUUCUAGGGUGUGUGGUCCGGUGGCACCUUCGCCGUGGCCUGGACCCAGACAGCCAGGGAGCACUGCUCAAGCUGUUUGAGAUGCUCAUAGGCCAAUCCCAGCAGCUUUUGCUGCAGCAUGCAGCCAUCUUGCACCCCCUACUCAGGCUGCUGGGUGCCUGCGCUGACCCGGAACUUGGUUGUCCUGCUGCCUUGGAAAACAGUCUAGUUCUGCUGCUCAAUCAGAUAUGCGUGUCCAUGGCCCAGCAGCCUGUGCUUCUGGAGAUGUUGUUCCAGGCGACACCUAUCCAGCAAGGAUCCACCAACCUACUGAUCUUCUCACUCCUCGUGCCCUUCAUCCACCGUGACGGCGCCAUCGGACAACAGGCCAGAGAUGCACUGUUGCUGGUCAUGGCCACCUCAGCCAGCAAUGACAACGUGGCUCACUACAUCGCAGAGAACUCCUACUUCUGCCCGGUGCUGGCAACCGGCUUGAGCGCGCUCUACUCGUCUCUUCCCCGAAAGAUUGAGGUGCGAGGGGACGACUGGCAUGCCUUGCGGCGCGAGGACUGGAUGAGCGUGUCCUCCCUUGUUCUCUUUAUGAACUCGCUGGAGUUCUGCAAUGCCGUGGUACAGGUUGCUCAUCACCUGGUGCGCUCCCAGCUCCUGGACUACCUGCACAACGGCUUCCUGGUUCCUGUCAUGGGCCCUGCCCUGCACAAGUCAUCAGUGGACGAAAUGAUAGCCAGCACCGCCUACUUGGAUCUUUUCCUGCGCAGUGUGAGUGAGACAGCCCUCCUCAAAACCUUCCUGCGAUUCAUUCUGCUGCAUCGCCUGGACAACGACUCCAUCCUGGACACAUUGCUCACGCGCAUCAGCAGCAAUUCAAGGCUCUGCAUGGUGUCUCUGAGCCUCUUCAGAACUCUUCUGGCUUUCAACUGUGAAGACAUCAUGCUGCAGCUCGUCCUCCGGUACCUGCUCCCCUGCGGCCAUGUCAUGCUGAGUCAGCGGCGUGCUAUCAGGGAGACGGACAUGUAUGGGAGGUGCGCAGACAAGUUCCUGUCACUGAUUCCAGAAUGCUGCCGUCUGAGCAUUGUGCCCUCUACAGAGCGGGAUGAAGAUGCUGCAUUUCGAGCCAAAGUGUUCAGCAAUGCGGGAGCUGAGUCCCCGGCCACACCUAGACCUGGCACGCCAUCGCGCUUGGCUUUCUUUAUCCGCCAGCAUAGUAGUGGAGUUGGGUCAGGAGGUCGCCCCCCUACCCCUCCCAGCAUGGAGCUGCCACAGCCCGGCACCCCCAUUUCUUACAGCCCAGACAGCCCCAUGCACCCCCAACAGCACGAGAGUCUGGAGUGGGAAUCAGGUUACCUGGACUAUCUGAAAGACGCCCGACGAAACAUCGAGCUUUGCUCUUGGGCUUGUCGGGGUUGGUCAGCACCAUACGACGGUGAAAACCCUUCCCCGAACACAGCAGCGCCUCCACCCCCGCCCCCUCCCGCCUCCAACCCCUCCAUGGCCAUGUUCCCCGAGCACUUCUCCUUCCAGCCGGGAGGAGGCAGCAAUACGUCAUUGGGCCAGCAGAGGGAAGCCAUUGUGGCUGCGGCCAGGUCCGAGUGGAGCAGCUCAGAGCGGGACAGCGGCGAGUGGGACGUGACCAUCGGCCAAAACAACUGCAUCAGCCUCACGCCGCGUUCCAAGAAGCGCAGUUUGCAGCGAGAAGAGGUCCUCCUGAAACCUGUCCCCCCUCUCGUGCCAUCCUCUUUGCCCGUCCCUUUAUCCAGUUCCCAACUGGCCCCCACGCCAACGCCUCACAGUCCUGCCGCCAUCACCGUUGGUUAUGUUGCAAUCUACAACGGGACGGCAGAGACUGCGGAGGGGUGUUUGAGCCAUGAGGUGAAGAAGGUGAAGAGAGACUUGGGCGACCAGCAGUUUUUAGAUGAGAACGCAAAUCAAAAUGGUUCUGUCGUCACAUGCUCCUCCCAGGGCUGCCCUGUUCAGCAGUCCAUAUUAAACAAGAGUGACGCCAUCAGUGACGCCAAAUCUGCCCCCACCCCGCCUCUGUCGGACACCGACGACGCCUCCAACCUGCACGGGGCACCCUCAUGUGAAAGUGGGCCCACGGUGCAGAGUCUCAUCGAGGAACUUCUGGAACAAUCUCCCGAUGAGACGCAUGACCCCGAGGGCUCUAAUGGCGAAGGCAUCAACAUCGAGGCCUUCACACAGGAGCUGAGAGAGCUGGAGGACCGUGUGACUGUGUGCAGUGCCGCAGCCUGCCAGCAGGAGGAGACCAACCCCAAGUCCUAUACUGAUAAGCGGCAGGAGGAGCACAUAUCAGGGCUGGAAGCAAAAAUGGCAGCUGAUGACAAGAGGGAAGCUUCUGGAACCGCCCUCUGUAGUCCAGCCAGACCGCUCAAUGGAGCCUCAUGUCAGCCAUACACAGGUCCGUUCAUGUUGGUUUUGCUCACCAAGCUGGAGAACAUGCUCCAGAACUCUCUGUAUGUCAACAUCCUACUGACGGGUAUGGUGGCCCAACUGGCAUGCUAUCCUCAGCCGCUCCUGCGCUCUUUCCUGCUAAACACCAACAUGGUCUUCCAGCCAAGUGUCAAGUCUCUCAUCCAGGUUUUGGGUUCGGUGAAGAACCGCAUCGAGGCCUUUGCCGCCUCCCAUGAGGACUUCCCAUCCAUGUUGAGGAAAGCCCAACUGUACCUGAUGGCCCGUGGGAAAGUGGACUGGAGUGAGCCCCCUGGCGCCGUCCCUGCCCUGCGGCGCUCUGAUUCACUAGUCAAGAGUCGCAAGUCAUCUCUUAGCGACCUGAUCCUUCGCCACACAAACAGCCCCACCCGGACUCGCAGUGCUGCCCAGAUGGCUCUGGCGCACGUACGGGUUGGUGGCCAAACACUGCACAGCGCUCUGUUCCGUGGUAGCAGCGGUGGAGGAGGAGUGGGCGGAGCCUCCAAUCUGGAGAAGCAAGCCGAGGCGCUGCGCGUGAAGAACGCAGUCUACUGCGCCGUCGUCUUCUGCGAGUUCCUCAAGGAGCUGGCCGCCCUUGCUCAAGAGCACGCCGUCGCACUACCCUUUGUUGGCACAGACGCCGAGGAGUAGGCACCGCCUGCUCGCCAUCUUUAUACGUUGACUACUGGAUUGUCAACAGAGACAUUAACCAUGGCCAUGCUCUCAUACCAAAAGCAUUAUGGGUGGGAUGUCUAAAAGACGUUGUGCAUAUCAUGUCUCAUAUCAUGUAUUAUAUUAUUUACCUAUAGGCCAAACUUCCCUGUGUUGUUUGUCUGCCUACAAAGUAAUAGCGCACUCAGUUGGUGCUAGCCGAGGUCUUUUCAAAGAGUGAUCAAUUGGAUUUAACUGUAAUGUGUCCGAAACAUAUCUUAAAACCUUUUUUUAAAGAUUUCCCGUGUUCCAUGGACACUGCAUUUUACAUUGAAAGGCUGCAUAAUUGGUAAUUGAACACCGAACACCUCAUCCGUGAGUCUUUUAACUCUGACAUUGCAUUCACUGUCAUUUUCUGCCCAGUUUACAAUGCUCUGCAUUGCCAGUUAGGACCAGUUAGAGGUGGGAUUGUCAUUGGCUUAUUUGUCUGGUGCCAUAUGCUAACUACUAGCAACUCACUUUAAAAGCUUGUUGUUUUUUGUUUGUUUUUUGCCUGCCUACAAGCUUAUGAUGAUCUGCUUGCUGAGAGAGAAAGUUGACAGGUUAGUUCAGGUUUGGAUUUUAAAAAAAUUAAUUAAUAAAUAAAAGGGAAAAGAGAGGUUUUAAGACAUAUCUUAGAACACAAUGUUUGUUACGGGCAUUUUAACCUCCCAAGAUGAUGUCUUCCUGGAGUCACACCAUUUGUUGUUAAUAGUAGUGAAUCAGGGAGAUCCACAUGUCACAUUAAUAUUAGAAAUGUAAAUGCUUGAAAAGAUUAUUUCACAGCAAGCAACUGUAUUGUAUGGACCGAUUGCAGUUCCACUGACAGCCACUUUAGGGUGUUAUUACUGUAAAGCUGUGACUUAAAGCAGGGGUGUCCAAAGUGCGACCCGGGGGCAAUCUGCAGCACACAGCUUGUUUUGUUUUGUUUUUUAAUUAUUUUUUUAAUUGGCCCACGGCACACUCUAGCAAGCAACGUAAAAAACAACAAAAGUUGAAACAAGAUGUGUGAGGCAUAUGAUAAUACAUCCAUUGUCACCUAUAAAACUCAACAUGCACGCUGUUUUUUUCUGAAAACAUGUAUACUAUUCACAAAAAGUUAGGGAUAUUCAGCUUCAGGGUGAAAUGCACUAUAACCUUUUAAAGUUGAACUUUUGAUAAUACGUCCAGCUGUUCAAUGUUUCAGUACUUUUUGCACAACUUACUGAGUUCUGUAAAAAGCAACUGAAUGGCAAAAUUCACAACAGCAGAAUUUUUUUUUUGUCAGAAACGCAUACUAUAUACCAGGUUCUUUCAAUUGCCUUGUAUCUCUGUUACAAUCUGCUGUUGAAACUCUGACACUCAAAGGUCAGUGGCCACCUCCUCUGAGAUCAUCCAGUUUGAAGUACUGUUAAUCAAUUGUUAGGUGUCGUCUUGGUCACAUGAUGUCAAAAUAUGAACAGCAUAAUGAAGAGGAUUGUUUAAAUAACCAAUUCUAAUUGAACCAGGACAUUUAUUGGUUGAUUAACGCCGUGGUCCACAACCCUUUUGGACCCACAGCCCGGCUCGUGUUCCCACAAAUCUCGGCGGACCGGGGUGGUGGUGGUGGGGGGUCGUAUAGCGAUGUAAUUUAUCUAAUUUAGUAUGUAUUGUGUAAAACUAAGACAGUAACAACAUCAAAUUAAAAGCACAAAGUGAAUACAAACCCACCAUCCACCACUAUAAGCUUGGAGUUUGUUUUUCAGAGAGAAGAUUUUAGCGCCGCUGUUUGAUGUGUGUGGUAACGGGCAUGGUGCUAGCAUGAAAUAACUGCUAUAAAUAAGCUGUGCACACAACAAAUAUACACAUUACCACUCAGUAACGUCAUCAAACUUUACCUUUAUGCAUUCCCACAGAGUAUCAGCAUUUGGGAGAAAAUAUGACGUGAAAAACCCCCGAUAAAAAUACAGUAUAGUUGACAAUCUGCAGAGUGGGGAAAAGGCUGGCGCACGCACUAUGGUGCGUUCAAGGACUGUCAAACAAAGUGGGACACUCGCAACAAACAACGUAAACAUGCAAAAACUUCAAACAGUAUUAUUUUUUGAAUAACAUAAUGGCCCAUAUUUCAAAAUUGAUAUGCAUUUACCUAAAAUUGUAUUUAGUCAUUUACAAAAGCUUUUUGUGUGUGUGUGUGUGUGUGUGUUUUUAUCAUUGCGGCUGAAACGUUUCGUCUGCCCUGCCCACGGACCAGUGGUUGGGGACCCCUGAUGUAGAAUCAUUCUGAAAUUUCACCUGAAAGCCAGUUAUCCCUAACCUUUUGUGAGGAGUGUAUGGGUUUGUUUUAGCCCUUUUUACAAACUUAAAUACAGUAUAUCACAAAGGCCCCCAGAUCCCGUAAUUUCAUUUUUCAGUGUGUGGCCCUCGGUGGAAAAAGUUUGGACACCCCUGAUUUCAAGGGAAAAAAGACAAUGAUGCCAAACAAACAUGUCUCACUAUAUUUGCCAAGUUUAGACAUUAUUUGCAGAGCAAUCGUUUUUCUUUUUAAAUUGUUAUUGUGCCAUGUUUGAGUUUUCACAAAAACAAGGUGUGCACCUAUUUUUGUUUGUUUUGUUUACCUGUGAAACUCGAGCUAUGCAAAACCUGCCGGCAUCGCCCCUACUGGAGGUGAAACACAAAAACUGAUGUAAAAUGUAAAUACUGUACAAAAAAACAGUAUGGUGGCUAUACAGUGCAGAGGUAUGAUGAAGGCAACAGCAUCAGGAUGGAAAACAUUCUGAAAGAAUGUUACGAAUAUUUUUCUAUAUUAUCACAUUGUGUUUGUGCGUGUGUGUGUUGGCGGGGCAGGGCAAAUACAAUGUAGAAAAAAAACUGUCACAAGAACACUAAAGGGAAUGUUUUUAUUAAUUUAUAAAGUCAUUGUCAGCAGCACAGCCUUUGUUCUGGUGUCUCUUGUGUGUGACUCAAGUGAAACUGUCAGCUGCUGAUUGAAAAUGCAAGACUUGACUUUAUUUUUAAGAUCUGCUUAGGGUGUAAACCCAGUCAGGAGAACAUGGAGGAAAGUACUGGAGUCAGCUUACCAGUCUCCUAGCAACAGGCGAUGGCAAGAGGAGUAAAGAGAAGCUUACCAAGGUAAGACACACUUUUAAAGUCCAUCUUUUUGAUGACUUUAUAGAUGUUUUCCGUUUUUUUUUUUAAAUACAUGCUAUACUGGGUGUGUGUGUGUGCAGUAUUUAGAUUUGACCCAUGUACAAUAUGUGUAUAUACAUAUCAUUACACAUUGUUCAAAAAUGUUUAAUAAAUAAUU